GUCAAUUCCUGUUUGAUGCCCUACAGGAUUGCCAGCCUUUCCAAGAUCUUCCCAACGCUGAUGCUAUACAGGCUGUGGGACGAUGGGAAGAUAACCUCUCUGGAUGACCCUCUGGAGAAAUAUGUGGAUAACUUCACCAUUAAAAACCCUCUGGGCAAGUCACGGGACUCUGAGCUCAAGUAUGUGACAGACGGCCUGAUCUUCCUGGAUAGUGGAGAGGUUCAGAUCCGCUCCUCCUCUGUCACUCUGCGCAGGAUGGCCAGCCAGCUCUCAGGUCUACCCAGAAGACUAAGAGCCACUAACCUGCUGUGGAAGGGGAAAACACAGGCUGCAGUGAAUCUGUUGCAAGAUGAUGUCCUUGUUGCAGACCCUGGCACCAAAUGCCACUACAGUAACCUAGCCUUUUCCUUACUGGCCCACGUCAUGGCUGAGAAGGUGGUGGGCCUGGACUACCAGCGCUGGAUCAAUGAUAACAUCCUGGACCGGCUGGGGAUGGAGGACACAGGCUUUGACUACACCCCAGGGAUCCAAAGCCAGAUGGCUGUGGGCGUCUACUCCAGUGGCCAGCCAGCCCCUCUGUAUGACCUGGGCUGGUACCGCCCCUCAGGCCAGAUGUUCUCCACUGCCGCUGACCUUGCCAAGCUGGCCAUGAUGCUGCUGGGGGCCUACCACCGCAAGCUCCUGGAGCCCGACACCCUGAAGAUCAUGCUGACCCCGCUGUACCGCUGUGAUAAGGACUACUUUGCCAACCGCACCGGGACGCCUUGGGAGGUGAAUGAGCAGCUGGGCUACGAGGUGCUGCGUAAAGACGGAGACCUGGAUGGCUACUCAGCCACCUUCUCACUGGUGCCCAGGCUCAAGCUGGGCCUGGUGGUGCUGAUGGCUGGCACCAGACCUCAGAACCAGGAGGUGGUGGCCAAGGCUUACAGUCACAUCAUACCCGCCAUGGAGAGGGUGUUCCGGGAGGCCAAAAAGAUCCUCAUCCCUCCCCCUAUUCCAGACCCUUACAUAGGCUUCUUCACUUAUGGAAACAUCACCUUCUAUGAGAUCAAAGCUGGGGCAGACGGUGUUCUGAUCAUGCAGCAGUUUGGUCCCCAGAUUGAGGACCUGAUCCCAGAGAGAUAUCGGACAAUCAAGCUGAACUACCUGGUAGACAGGGUGUUCAGGGUGGUGUUUGAGAAGGAGUACCCCUGUGUUUUGCGGGUCAGCACUGCCUCAGUCUCCCUUGAGGCCCAAGACGGGCAGCUCUUUAACUUUUAUGUGUUUGACAAGCGUGGUCUGUCCCCUGGCUUCGAUGCACCAGGACUGAAUACAUACAAUGUGAUCCGGAUAACCCGUAGGCCGACUUUCUCAAACUAACUGAACUCAUACAACGGAAAGGCACAUGUACAUGCUGAAUGAAGGUCCCUUUUGGGUCUGUAGCCUAUAUUUUAUAGGGAUACUCUGAAAUUAAAGAAAACAUUGCUGUCAGACAUUGAGUAGACUGUAUCAUGAUGAAUUGCAAAAGAAGGCACACAGAUUUUGUAUUUUUAUUUAACCAUUGACGUCAACAUUUUUGAUUUCUGUGUCAAAUAAUGGCAUUGUAAAUAUUCAUCCUUUUUAUACAGUUGAUAACCUGACCUUAAACAUACACUACAUGACCAAAGGUAUGUGGACACCUGCUUGUCGAAGAUCUCAUUCCAAAAUCAUGGGCUAUAAUAUGGAGUUGGUCCCCUCUUUGCUACU